UGCCUGCUGCCUCGCCCCGCGCGUUCCCCGCUCGGCCGGCCUGGCCUGGUCGCCGGUGAGGGAGCGGGCUCUACUGAGGCUCCACGGGGAGUCUGCUUGCUCGGAAAACGGCCUCUGAGAGCAGGGUAGGGAGGGGAAUGAGGCCGGCGGUGCUCAGGCAUCACCCCCGGCAGGCGCAGGGCCUCGGGAGGCGCGGGGCGGGGCGUGCUGCGCGCAGGGACGUGGCCGGAGCAGCCGUUGGGAGCGCGUGUGGAGCUGUGUGGACGCCCGAGCCAGCGCCGCCAUGCCCGGGCCCAACCCCAGCGCCACGAGCGUCGGCUCCUCCGGCCGCUCCCCCAGCAAGGCCGUGGCUCCCCGCGCGGCGGGCUCCACUGUCCGGCAGAGGAAAAAUGCCAGCUGCGGGACAAGAAGUGCAGGCCGUGCCACAUCCACAGGCACCGGUGGGAUGUGGCGGUUCUACACUGAGGACUCUCCGGGGCUCAAAGUUGGGCCUGUUCCAGUUUUGGUCAUGAGUCUUCUUUUUAUUGCUUCUGUGUUUAUGCUGCACAUCUGGGGUAAAUACACUCGUUCGUAGACUCAGCUGCCAACUUAAAGCAUACAUCUUGGACCAAAAAUAUGGUGGAUCCUGGUUGUUGUUGGAGAAAGACUGGGGAAGCUUCCUAUCACGUGGUGAAGUCCUGUCAACUUUGGCUCUAAUACUGAAUUAAUUUCUCAGUUUGCUAUUUGGACAGGUUUAAAGUUUGUCAUGGGUCAUUUUAUAUUUGUAUCUGUACACUUAGAAUACAGGAAUUGCAAUAAAAGUUGCAUACGGAAAUAGAAACAGUUUUAACUGUAUUUUUUCCUCCUCCUCCAAUGUACCAUAACUAAAACAUUAUACUUGUGAUUUUUCGUAUAUAACCAUAUUUCAGAUUAAAUGCCAUUUGACAGUUCAAA